AUGCAGAAGAAAAGGACCAUCCACAUUGAGCAACCUGACCUUGGGUCACGACUUGUUGAAGAGAAAAAUGUGCAUUCCGAAGAAACCAAGGAGCUUGAGUCACAGGGUGGAUUUAAAACCCAAGAAAUCAAUGCAUUUGGCCACUCUUUCAGAAAUUAUGAUGCAGAAAGCGAAAGGCAAAAAGGUGUGGAGGAAUUCUAUAGGUUGCAACACACUCACCAGACAUAUGACUUUGUAAAAAAAAUGAGGGAGGAAUAUAAGAAAUUGGACAAAGCAGAAAUGAGUAUAUGGGAAUGUUGUGAGCUGCUUAAUGAAGUGGUGGAUGAGAGUGAUCCUGAUUUAGAUGAACCUCAAAUUCAACAUUUGUUGCAAUCAGCUGAGGCCGUGAGAAAAGAUUACCCUAAUGAAGAUUGGUUGCAUUUGACUGCUCUCAUCCAUGAUCUUGGAAAGAUUCUUCUCCUUUCUAAGUUUGGUGGGCUUCCUCAAUGGGCUGUUGUUGGAGAUACAUUUCCUGUAGGCUGUGCCUUUGAUGAAUCAAAUAUUCACCAGAAGUAUUUCCAGGACAACCCUGAUAGCAAAAGCUCUGCUUAUAACACUAAAAAUGGGAUCUACACUGAGGGAUGUGGACUAGAUAAUGUAAUGAUGUCAUGGGGACAUGAUGAUUAUAUGUAUAUGGUUGCUAAGGAAAAUGGCACCACUUUGCCAUCACCAGGAUUGUUCAUUACCAGAUAUCACUCUUUCUAUCCUUUACACAGAGAAGGUGCAUAUACACACUUGAUGAAUGAAGAAGAUGUUGAGAAUUUGAAGUGGCUAAGCAUAUUUAACAAAUAUGAUCUCUACAGCAAGAGCAAAGUUCUAGUUGAUGUUGAAGAAGUCAAGCCAUACUAUCUAUCACUAAUUGAGAAGUAUUUCCCAGCAAAGCUUAGAUGGUGA